GACGAUUCGAAACAACUUGCACAUGAUGAUUAUCGACAGUCGUCGGCUACCAACAAUGUAGACCGCACGUAAUGGUCAGGUUUCAUAAAUUCCAAGUACCGAGUUCUGGGGCAUGAUAUGCUUUGGUCUUUUCUAGAUGACGGGGAACUGUAACAGCCGGAGGUGUCUGAAAAUCGCCAGCGGGGACAUAAAAAGAGUUCUGAAUUUCCACUCCACAUGCUUCAAAUCCUGCCACCUUGAUUCCCACUCGAUGAGCUAUACAUGUUUACUGUUUGUGAAGUACAGCGAGCGCUGUCGACUGACCGAUGGAAAUUCGAUGGAAAUUUGAGUGCAUGUAACGGAAAGUGACUGACGGAGUACAAUUUGUACUCAAUUACCAGCACUCAACCCUUGCAAGCCUGAUACAGCUAUUCAGAUUGAACUUUUAGAGGCAUAGGCA